AGUUAUUUAGUAGUCAACUGUGGACCUAAUAUCACGUUGUUGCGCUCUCGAAUUGUAUCUGUUUAUAUACUGUUUAAUAACAACGGCGUUAAUACCAAAGCUUUGUUAGAUAGAUUAUUUAUUUUUUAAAGUGUACAUAUUUAUUUUUGGUUAUACAGUUUUUGUCAGUAAUUUAAGAGUUUUUUUUAUAUAUAAAAUGAUGUUGUUGGUGCAUCUGGUAGUGUUACGUGCCUCAGUGUUUUUAUUAAGGCUCUUAAUAAGUUUGUUAUACCGGAGACACUGCGCUUCAAAGCUUCCUUGUGUGUCCGGAGCUUUGCCGUUAAUCGGGCACCUUCACAAGAUAUCUACAGAUAAAGUCAAACUAUUUGACUUUAUAAUCCACGCUGGUAAAGAGACGGACAAGCAUGGAGGUCUGUCAACUGUGUGGUUUGGCCCCAUACCCAUUUUCAUUUUGAUGGAUCCAGAUAUAGCUUUUUCAUUCUUAAAUUCUUGUGUAAAAAAGAGUUAUGUAUACUCUUUUGGUUCUGCUUGGAUUGGAGAAGGAUUGGUCAGUGCAAUGCCGGCUACGUGGCGACGUCACAGAAAGCUUUUGAACCCCUCCUUCAAUUUGCAAGUUCUCCAUGGUUUCCUAGACAUAUUCAACAGACAGUCUGCCCGACUUGUGGACAAACUAGGAGAUGUGGUCGGUCAAGAACAAGAAGGAACAACUCAUGUUGAAUCAAUUCUACUAGAUAUCGGUUUGGACACUAUUUGUGAAACCGCCUUCGGUAUUUCAAACAAAAACAGAACGUCAGUAGUGGCGCCAGAAUACAAGGACGCAGUGGGACAAAUGUUGGAUUACAUCUUACAACGGUUCAUGUCCGUCUGGAUGCACUGGGACGUGCUAUACAACGUGUCGAGUUUGAAGAAAAAAGCCGACGAAGCCUGCCACAUUUUGAACAAGACUUCAACAAAUAUCCUACAAGAAGUAGCCAAUUCUAACUCUUGGAAGGGAAAUGAUAAUUUAUCAGGAAAGUCGUACAAAACCAUAUUGGAGUUUCUCCUAAAGCACAAGGAGGAGAGUGAACUCACAGAUAAGGAAAUAAAGGACGAAGUGGACACAAUGGUGAUCGCUGGCUUCGACACCACCGCCACUCAACUCCUGUAUGCGUUUAUCCUCUUAGGAUCGCACCCUGAUGUCCAGGAACGAAUCUACAAUGAAAUCAAAGAAGUACUCGGUGAUAUGAAUCGGGAUGUCACAAAAGAUGACCUGCCAAAGUUGGUCUACAUAGAAGCUGUAAUCAAAGAAACAUUAAGGUUGUAUCCUGUGAUACCAAUGAUUAUAAGAGAAACUGAGCAGACUAUGAAGUUAUCUAAAUACACAAUACCUGCUGGCAGUACGUUUGUGGUACCGAUCUACGGUAUGAACAGAUCCCAGGCCUGGGGACCAGACCGUGAUGUCUUCAACCCUGACCGCUGGUUCACGCCGGCAAUGUUACCAGAAAACCUGGCUACAUACGCCCCCUUCAGUAUGGGGAAACGUGGUUGUAUAGGUAAACCUUACGCUAUGAUGACCAUGAAGACCACGCUAGUCCAUGUUAUUCGCCGGUUUCAGCUCUCAGCCAAUCACGAGGCUCUCAGGGUUCAGAUGGACUUGCUGCUCAAACCGGCCUCGGGGCAUGGGGUCACUUUCACGAGGCGAGUUUAGAAUGUUGUGCUUUAUUGUGUAAAUAGGUAUUAGGAAAAUAAAUUAUUUUGUAGUUUA